UUUUUUUCCCCUCUGAGUUUCCUUGUUAGCCAGCGUCAGUGCUAGCCAACAUAACAACCGUCCUACUUUCUCUCCUUUUUCUGUUUUUUCCUCUUUUCCAUUCCUGGUCUUUCCUCGGGAGUUAGACUAACUCCUCGCCCACCUCCAAAGACAUGGACGAGACGAGUCCGCUUGUCUCUCCGCUUCGGGACUCCGGUGAUUUCAGCUACUGUCCCACAGAGCCCACCAGCCCGCGGGGCGCGUUUGGAGGUACACCGGGCUCCGUAGUGCGCAUCCCGGCCGGCAGCCCGGGGCGCAGCCGGGAGAGACAGCCACUGCUGGACCGGGACCGCGGGAGCUCGCCGCGGGAGCCGCACAGGAACGAGUUCCCGGAGGAUCCCGAGUUCAGAGAGAUCAUCCGAAAGGCCGAGCGAGCCAUAGAGGAGGGGAUCUACCCGGAGAGGAUCUACCAGGGAUCCAGUGGGAGCUAUUUUGUCAAAGACUCACAGGGGAAGAUCAUAGGCGUGUUCAAACCCAAAAAUGAAGAGCCCUAUGGCCAGCUGAAUCCCAAGUGGACUAAGUGGCUCCAGAAACUGUGCUGUCCCUGCUGUUUUGGUCGCGACUGUUUGGUCCUGAACCAGGGUUACCUCUCAGAGGCCGGGGCCAGCCUGGUCGAUCAGAAACUGGAGCUCAACAUUGUUCCUAGGACUAAGGUGGUGUAUCUAGCUAGUGAAACAUUCAACUACAGUGCCAUAGACAGGGUCAAGUCUCGAGGAAAAAGGUUAGCCCUGGAGAAGGUGCCUAAAGUGGGGCAGCGCUUCCACAGGAUUGGACUGCCUCCAAAGGUUGGUUCCUUCCAGCUCUUUGUGGACGGAUACAAGGAUGCAGAUUUCUGGCUGCGGAGGUUCGAGGCGGAGCCUUUGCCUGAAAACACCAAUCGUCAGCUCCAGCUGCAGUUUGAGCGGCUCGUAGUCCUCGAUUACAUCAUCAGGAACACAGACAGGGGAAAUGACAACUGGCUGCUGAAGUACGACUGUCCCAUGGAUCCUGUUGGGAACAGGGAUACAGACUGGGUGGUAGUAAAGGAUCCCAUCAUCAAGCUGGCAGCCAUAGACAACGGCCUCGCCUUCCCCCUCAAACACCCCGACUCUUGGAGAGCCUACCCCUUCUACUGGGCGUGGCUUUCCCAGGCCAAAGUUCCUUUCUCCCAGGAAAUUAGAGAGCUGGUCCUGCCCAAACUCUCUGACCCAAAUUUCAUCAAAGACCUGGAGGAAGACCUCUAUGAACUAUUCAAGAAAGACCCUGGUUUCGACAGAGGACAGUUUCACAGACAAGUAGCCGUAAUGAGGGGACAGAUUCUGAACCUGUGCCAAGCUCUGAAGGAUGGUAAAACGCCCCUCCAGUUGGUCCAGAUGCCCCCGGUAAUCGUCGAAACAGCCAGAGCACCUCAGAGAGCCAACAGUGAGUCCUAUACACAGAGUUUCCAGAGCAGAAGACCGUUCUUCACCUGGUGGUAGGAAUCAAGCAGCAAAGAGUUAAAGGAGGAACAGCAGGAAGCCGGAUUGGGGAAAGGAGUGAGAUGUGCAGUUGGACAGAACAAGGGACAGAAUCUGAGAGUGCAGGUUUUUGUCCCAGAAGUGGAUAUUAUCAUCACCCUCCCCUCCUCUCCUUGUGGAUAUUUUGGUUACAGAGAGUGGAUGAAUGGGUGGAGAGAUGAGGCCAAAAGAGGAAGAAUUUCCCAACAUACCUUCCUUCUUUGCCUCUGUGCCUUGUGUGGAUGUCAGUGAGGAAUUAACGUCUGAAUGGAAAAGAUUCUGUACCUCUGUCGAGAGAGAAAGAUUUCAGUGAGAUGUCAGACUUUUCUGUUGGACUCCUGGGUGCACAUAAUGUUUGCUCACAUACAUGCACGCCAGUCAAAAGCCUCUUAUACAGUUGUUUUUGUUGGAUCAGAGGUGUUGCAUUCCAUGUUUUUUUUUUCUUCAUACCUGUCUGCCUUUUUUAAUAUUCAUCUACAUACCCCCCCCCCCCCCAGCAUUGCAGUCCAAAGCACGGGGCUGGUGAAGGCAUCAGAGCCACUAUUGAAGAUCAGAAUUUUAUUUUUUAACAAAUAAGAGAAGUGUUCAUUGUGGUUAAGUCUUAAAGAUUUAGGAAAUGGACACAAGCCAUGUGAACCAGUUUCACAGUUACUCAUUGCUUCUCCUAACUGUCUAGAUUUGAAUCUGCAAGUCAUCCUGGGUGAUGUUAGAAAGCAGCAGCAAUCUUAGGUGAAAGAAACAAAUGGUUUGUUAAGCUCAGAUUAGUAUGCUUGGCUCACCUAAUUUGUCCCCUUACACUGAUGAGUUAAGUCAUUGGUGAAGAAGACUAAAUUAUCUUAUCUGCAAGUGGCAGUGUGAGUGACUCCCAGUCCAAAAGCUCCAGUUUGUCUCAGCCGUGUUGAUUUCUGUUCAUUUUCUGGCUCGUGGGGUGGCCCUAAGUAAACAACAAAAUAACUUCCUGCUGUACUGAACUGACAUGAAAUGUAUUGUGACAAUGCACUGUAUAAUUUGUAUGUAAUAUUUAAUGAUAGAUUAUAAUUAAAACAUAUUCCAUUAAUACAGA